AUGGUGGUCUCCCUUUCCAGUUUUAUGAAUGUAGUCUCAGUAAAACUGGAUCGUACUAACUUCCUACUUUGGAUCUCUCAAACUACACCAGCUCUCAAAGGGCAUCGUUUAUAUGGCUAUGUGGAUGGAUCUUUUCCUUGUCUUCCACUCUUCUUGGAAGAUGGCAAUAGCCAAGGAUCCAACCGCAACAACCCAGAUCAUGCAGCAUGGAUCGAAGAAGACCAGUUGAUCAUAAGCUGGUUAUUAUCUUCAUUAAUAGAACCAAUUCUGGCUCAAGUAGUUGGCUUUAAGACAUCCAAAGAGGUAUGGGAUCGACUUCAUGUUCUCUUUUCUUCUACUAGUAAAACUCGAAUCGAUGAUUUGAAAUUAGAAUUAGCCUAUCUGAAGAAGGGUACUCUCACUGUCACUGAUUAUGUUCAGAAAAUUAAAAGUUUAUCUGAUGCUUUAGCUACUUCUAGACACUUUCUCAUUGAUGUAGAUCAAAUUCAUUAUCUUCUUGGUGGUUUACCUACUGAAUAUGAUACCUUUGUGCUCUCUAUGACUACUAGACUAGAUAGUCUUUCUUUUUCUGAAAUUCAAAGUCUAUUACUUACCUUUGAAAAGCGCUUAAAGUGUCACUCUUCACAAUUUGUGUUGGAUUCUCCUUCUGCUAAUUUGGCCAAUGAGAAGAAAACCUUCAAUCACAAUCAGUCCUCUUCUUAUAAGCCUCGACAAUUUAAUAACGAUGGUGGUUCUGACAACUCCAAGAAAACUUCCUAUAAUAACAAUAAUCGCAGCAGAUCCAAUUCCAAGAAUGCUACUGUGGUUUGCCAACUUUGUGAGUAUCUUGGCCAUACAGCAGCUACUUGCCGCCGUUAUCUAGAACUCAUUGCCAAUAAGCCUACCAAGUAA